AGAGACCAUCAGCAUGCAACCCAUUGAAUUGAGAUCCCUCCCGAACGGGUACUCACGGGUCUCAACAAGUUCCGAGCGAUCAGAUCUCGAACCAAUACAUUUCAGGGGCAGUCCUUCCGACGUGAAAGCGAUCGCAAGUUCUGAUGGAGCCGAAGACGACGACGACUCCUCCCCCGCCGACGAGGAACUCAAGACUCUACCUCGAGUCGCCGACAGGAUCCCAUGGCGCGUGUACACCGUCGCGUUUGUCGAGCUCUGCGAACGUUUCUCCUACUACGGCACUCAGAUCCUGUUUCAGAACUUCGUACAACGGAAGCUCCUGACUCCCACCGGUGCAGCACCCAAUCCGGGCGGCGACACCGACAACAAUCCCGGCGCCCUGGGUCAGGGUCAACAGACGGCCACUGCCCUCAGCACAUUCUUCUCUUUUUGGUGCUACAUGACACCGCUGCUCGGCGCCUGGCUGGCUGAUACGUACCUUGGACGGUACAAAAUGAUCAUGAUAUCCAUUGUCUGCGCCGUUGCAGGACACAUCAUCCUCGUCGCCGGCGCUACUCCGUCGUCCUUGCAGCACACCAACUCCGCCCUGGCCACCUUCAUCGUCGGCAUAAUCGUGUUCGGCUUGGGCACUGGCGGCUUCAAGCCAAACAUUUCCCCCCUGAUAGCCGAACAGAUCGUCGACGACAAGCUGCGCGUCCACACCACCGCAACUGGUCGACGCGUCAUUGUCGACCCGGCCCAAACCUCUGCCCGGAUCUACAAUUGGUUCUACCUGUUCAUCAACAUCGGCGCCCUGGUCGGACAAAUCUCCAUGUCCUACGCCGCACUCUACGUAGGCUACUACCUAGCCUUCAUCCUUCCGACAGUCCUCUUUCUCCUUUGCCCUUUAGUUCUCAUCAUCUUCAAGAAAAACUACCGCCUACAACCACCGCAGGGCUCCGUUCUCGGUCCUGCAAUCAAACUCCUCGUGCACGCCACCCGGGGCCGCUGGUCCCUCAACCCAUUCCGCACAAUCCACAACCUCCGCCACCACGAUUUCUGGCAGGAUGUGAAACCUUCACGUAUCCCCUCCCAUCAGCGGCCGCGCUGGAUGACCUUCGACGACGCGUGGGUCGACGAGCUGCGGAGGGGCUUUCAGGCCUGCACCGUCUUCCUGUGGUUCCCGCUGUACUGGCUCACAUACAACAACAUUAACAACAAUCUGACGUCUCAGGCCGACACGAUGCGCCACACCGGCCUGCCGCCCGAGAUCGUGAGCAAUCUCGACCCGCUGUGCCUGAUCAUCUUGAUCCCCGUGUGCGAUUUGGCCGUGUAUCCGGCCCUGCGCCGUUGGGGCGGCAGCCGCGCCAAGUUCUUAACGCCCAUCCGCAAGAUCACGCUGGGCUUCUGGUUCGGCGCGGCCGCCAUGCUCUACGCAGCCGUCCUGCAGAGCUACAUCUACGCGCACAACGAGUGCGGCCGGUAUCCGAACGAGGGUCACGGUCGUCUGCAUGACUCUGACGGAUCCGCGUCAGUGUCGGCGGAUUGCCGUCCCGCCGACGUGAGCAUCUGGUGGCAAGCGCCGAUCUACAUCCUGAUAGCCAUAAGCGAGAUCCUGGCGAGCGUGACGAGUCUGGAAUACGCGUUCACCAAGGCGCCUCGAAACAUGAGGAGUAUGGUGCAGGCGUUCAGUUUGUGCAUGACGGCGCUGGCCAAUGCGAUUGGUGAAGCGCUGAUUUGGUUGGCGACGGAUCCAUUGCUGGUCUGGAAUUAUGCGAUUAUGGGGGUCAUUGCGGCCGUGGCGGGUUGGGCUUUUUGGAGAGUACAUGGGCAUUUGGAUGAAGAGGAGGAUAGGUUGAAUCUUUUGCCUGCGGGACAUGUCGGUGUUGGUGUUGACGUUGGUGGGAUGGUACGAGGGGCCGAAGAGGAUGACCGGGAUAAUCAUCAUGGGCGAAGAAGCAGGACCAGCGUCAGUCAGGGCUCGGAGGGCAGUGGUGAGGAGGAGCAAGACAAGCUCAUGGGCAACUCUCAAGCUUGAUCGUGACGGAAGGAAAGAAGUGAAGGAGGAAUAUAUGGUGCAGAACAUUCAUCGCUUUUCGAGACUCGAUUUCUUGGUCUUAUGCCAUGUGCUUAAGCAGUCGCAGCUUUAUGAGACCGACGAGGCUGACAGUUGCG